CUCUUCUUUGUCUAUUAAGGCGCACCUUGAUUUCUUACCCGCCUCCUCUUCCUUCCCGACCACCAUGGCGGCGAGUACCUCGUACGUCUGUGACACCAUUCCCGCCGCUCGCCUCGCCCUCGACAUGAAAACCGGAGAUACGCCAAUGUCGUCGCCACCCCCCGAUGAUGACGAUCCACCUUGCCGGCAGACAGAGCAGGAAAUCCAUGCAGAAAGUGAAGCAGAGUCGCCGCCGCCAUUCCCACAGCAACCUCCACCGAGAAAGUUAUGUGUCAGGCAUCAAAGGAUGGCGGAUGAAGGAACAAAUUUGAAGCUACAGCAGUCACUGGACGCUCUACCGCUCGAGGACAGGUCCGCUGUCUCUGCAAUCUGGUCCAACUUUUCAUCAUCCUCCCAUCCACGGAGGGCCUUGAUUCUUCAAGGCCUACUCACCAUGUGCUGCUUUUCCCAACUCUCCCUUCUUACCGAACAACUCGCCCAUCUCAUCCGAAUCGAUCCGUUCACUGUUUUUCCUCGCGAAGUCUCUCUCAAAGUCCUCAGCUACCUCGAUGCAACAUCUUUGUGUCGCGCGGCACAAGUCACUAAUCACUGGCGCAGUCUCGCUGACGAUGAUGUCCUAUGGAGGGGCAUAUGUGAGCAGCACAUUGGUCAAAAAUGCAGGAAGUGUGGCUGGGCCUUGCCUAUUCUCGAGAAGAAACGAACGUUUGCCAAGGCUUUAACGCCGCCGCCAAGCAUUGCUUUGUUGUCGCCCGAACAGAGAGUAAAGAGAGACUUGGAGGAUUCCGCUGAUAUAUCCGAACGACCGCUCAAACGGUCAAGGUCAGACGACGGCAGCGACUCCUCGACAUUGGGGGAUGAAUCUGCGUGCGCCCUCCUUGCCCCUCUUGCCCCCACGCCGACGACCCAGAUUACCCGUCCGUGGAAAGACGUCUACAGCGAGCGCAUGACAAUAGAACAAAACUGGCGGCGUGGACGGUGUACGGUACGCACUCUCAAAGGACACAAGGAUGGCGUAAUGUGUCUACAAUUCAUGGAAACGCUAUCGCAUCCUGCAUUCCCCGUGCUUAUCACUGGUUCUUACGAUCGUACGGCUCGAUUGUGGAACCUUGAGACUGGACUCGAGCUCCACUGUCUAAAAGGGCAUACAAGGGCCAUCCGUGCUUUGCAAUUCGACGAAGUCAAGUUGAUCACAGGGAGCAUGGAUUCGACGCUCAAAGUGUGGGAUUGGCGACGGGGGAGGCUCAUCAGAACGCUAACAGGACACACGGAAGGUGUCGUCUGUCUUAAUUUUGACUCCAACGUCCUUGCCAGCGGCAGUGUUGAUUCGACAAUCAAAGUGUGGAAUCUAAGGACGGGAGGCGCAUUUACGCUGAGAGGUCACUCAGAUUGGGUCAAUGCGGUCAGGCUUUGGGAUUCCAAUCCAUCGUCGACACCUUCCACUACUACGAAAAGUCCGAUGUUUGACACGCCCGGAUGCGCGGCGCCACAGAUCGAUCCAGGGAAAAUGCUCUUUUCGGGAUCGGACGAUGGCACUAUCAGACUCUGGGAUUUGACGCAACGGGCCUGUGUCAAGACUUUCACUGGUCAUGUGGGGCAGGUACAGAGUCUCAAGUUGUUAUUCGCGGAUGAUUGUAAUGGAGAAGAGGCGGAAGGUGGCCAGGUGAAGGAUGAGGAGAGAGAAGAGGAAUCGCGGUCACGAUCCAGAGCGAAGAAGCCCAUUUUGAUCUCUGGAAGUUUGGACAAUACCGUAAAGCAGUGGGACAUCGAUACGGGGAAGACUGUAAGGACAUACUUCGGACACAUCGAAGGUGUUUGGGCAGUCGCGAGCGAUAAAAUGAGGCUGGUUAGUGGCAGCCAUGAUAGGACUAUCAAGGUCUGGUCGCGAGAAGACGGUAGUUGUACUGCUACGCUCGUUGGGCAUAUGGCCGCGGUGAGCUGUCUUGCUUUGGGCGAAGACAAAAUCAUUUCUGGCGGCGACGAUAACGACGUCAAAGUAUGGAGUUUCAGCGAGUGAAUCGUAACAUCUCCACAUCACUUCAACAAUUCUAUUCACCUGCAUCUUAUUGUUAUAUCUUGCCCUACUAUUGCUGUCUGUCGGUUUUGGCUUUCGUUGUUUUUACUUUCAACAUUAUAUUAUCGUUUACCCAUCAUAUACUUCUUACUUUACGAAUACAGAGGAAUGAUAUGCAAUAGAUACACAGCCUAUUAAUAUUAAGGCCAAAUGUCCAUAAUCGGUUCGAGAAGCAACGGGUAUCCGGUGAUGAGAGGGAAACCAAGGCUCUGUAGCUCUGCGAUACGAUUCCUAUAGAUACAAACUUCAUCAAGUUCAAGGGCUUUCGCCCACUGGAGCAACGAUUGCUCAAAUUCCGACGAAUGCUUCGCAAUUGACGUUCCAAGUAGCAUAAAUAGCCCAGUGGACGAUACUCCUCGAGAUCUGGUGACUUGU